AUGGAUCCACCACACAUCACCGAAUUCGCCUCAAAGCGCUACUUUGAGAAGAUUAACCAACUCCCCAAGGACCACCAGCCUCAGCCGCAGCAACAUAAUGACAGCACGGUGGUGGAAACGUCCUCUUCCAGAUUCAUACUACCAAUUCGAGGAGCCGAACAGCAAGGGUACGACCCACAAGCAAGACAUGUGGAACAAAUCAAGCAGGAGAAGGAAAAAGAGAGGGAGAGGCGGAGUUUGUUUGGAUUUGGGCGAUUACGAGGUCCGAAGCCAACCAACUCUACGCCGGAAUCUCAGGUGCCAACAUUAAGACGGCCGUCGAUAGUAUCCGAUGCGUCGGCAAGCUCUAUAGCACAGAGUGCCGCCGCCAGGCCCAAGAGUCUCCCCUUCGACCAACUCUUCCUGAGUUUACCGAAUGAGUUGCAAAUUCAGAUCAUUGCCUACUUGCCAUUGUCCGACGUGCUCAAUCUGCGCCGGGCAUCCAAGGCAUGGCAUCACAUGAUCACAGUGAAUGAAUUCCCAAUCGUGCGGCACCAGCUCCAGCACGAAAUCCCCGCCUACGCGAAGCGACUCUAUCCUGUGUCGGAUACUUCCGGUUACACUCUUCACUACCUCUGCGGCUUGUGGCAUCGGCUACAUGUCGCUGCUAAACUGUCGGGACUAAUGUGCGAUUGGUGCACAAAGGAAAUUUUCUUGAAAACAACCAAGGAUCAAAUAGCAUCCUUUGCCGCCCAAAGGGAGAGGAUGUACCGACGACUGAUACCAUUACUCUUUACCAUUUUUCACUUUUUCGAAAACUACCGGAAACUACACCUACAAUACGUCCAGGAACACGGCCACGGCAUCGAACGGACGCCAUACACCCUCAACCCGAUCGAAACUCAAAUUAUGAGCAUGUACGAUGAUCGGACAUUAUUACACGUCCACCAAGUCUUUCCGCUUGUCGUGGCUUCAUUUUGUCGGCGUCUGCGACCACCGUCCUAUGUUGGUCGUGUGGAACGGACGGUUAGGGGUUAUCUGCGAGAAAAGCCGGCCGAUGAGGUACACACGGCUGUGCUUUGUCUGGGCGGCUUGAGGCAGGUCUUGAGGCUAUGGGAAGUACGAGGCUACAACACGCGGAGAGGUGCGGUGGACACGUGGUACAACAAUAUCCAGGAGGCGAGAGAAUCACCAAAGACUCCGGAAGCCAGCAAGGAGACGAAAUCAAGGCGAGGGAUCAUGAGUUUGGGGCGAAGGAAGUCAAAUUGGCAAGUGCGAGAUGCUUCGAGGGCCGACGAGAUGCCGGAAUUACCGAACCGCGGCUCGCUGGAGCACACGGCGACGAGGAGGUCGACGGUCACGCAACCGAGUCUUGUUUUUCACACGAGCCUUGCAGCUGGGAUGCCGAUGGACUGGCUCGAGCAGGACCAGUACAAGCUCUUACUACCGGACCUGCCCGUGCUGCAGAAGCUCUGGCUGUCGACCGCCGAGGCCAUGAUCCUGGACCGCAAGAUCGUCGAGAGGUCGGUAGACAUCAAGCGCAACGCCCAGGUGAUGCUGGACCUGAUCAAAGAAGACGGCGGCGAGGGCGAGGACCUCUGGUGGUACGAGACGAUCCAGCCGCCUAGGGAAGCCAUCGAGGAGGAUACACUCGAAUGA